UGCUUCUGAAAAGCCAUAACUGACAACCACAGAUGUAUCACACAGAAGUAAAUUCAGAAGUUUUAUGUUCUAAGCUGCUUUAAGCAGUUUGACUCAUCUGUGAUCAAACUUUUCUUCUGGAGGAAGGAAACUAUCAUGACUAUCAGGCUUCUGGAUGACUUACAUUAAACACCCUAUUUCUUGGAAACAAGCCAAGACAGUUUCCCCUGGAAUGAUCUGCAAGCUUAGAAUGCAUCAGCUAUAAACUGCUUCUACAGAAUGCAUAAUCUGAAUGGAUAUAUGUGAUGUGUUCAUUUGGUAACUGACAGGAGGACGGGCAUGGAUACAUCAUUAUCAUUACUGCACCAGGAGUUCAAGAACAGAUGGACAGCUCUGUGAAAAUUAUUGGAUCUGAAGAAUAAUUAAACUGCAGUGAAAGUUCUCUUUUACAAAACAUGAACUUCUUUUUUUCCAUUCUGGGAAGUGGGCAGUCUCAAAGACCUUGAGAGUAACAAGAGCUCCACGCCCUACAAGUAUCUUAAGCAUUUCUGUGAAAUAAUUACAUGGCCAAAGGACUGAUAGAAAGCAUUCUUCCACAUUUACCUUGCAUUCUUUUCAAUUCUCUAAUGGAGUCAUAUCCUGGCCUAAUUUCAAAGACUUUCUGCACAGAAAACAUCUUCUGGUUUGAACUUUAAGCGUCUAGCUGCCUUUUGAUACCAUAAAAGAAAAAAAGGCACAUAAAAGAAAAAAAGGCACAUUCUGAAGACCUACUUAUGUCACAAAGACAUUUUUCUUAACUGGAUUUUCCAGAUCUAAAUAUCAUCCUUUUCACUGCAUCAGUGUAGAGAUAAAAAGGACGUUGGACAAAAAUUCCCUCUCCAAAGGAAGACACCCGCAGCUUGCACAGCUCUCACCAUCUAUUCAAGAAGAUUCGGCAUAAAUGAGAAAUUCAACAUGUGCUCUUCAUCCAUCGAUAGCUACUACUGUAGCUCUACCAAUCAUCUACUCUCUCCUAUUUAUUACUGGCAGUUUUGGAAAUAUUCUCACUGCCUGGGUGUUUUCAAGACAAGCAUCCACAAAAAGAACACAAUAUAUUUAUCUGGUAAAUCUCGUCACUGCUAAUUUACUUGUAUGUAGCACUAUGCCUUUUCUGGCUGGCUAUUUUGCAAAAGGACACGAAUGGAAAUAUAGCUCUGAUGUAUGCAGAGCAGCGCAUCAGCUUGGAACUAUCGUUAUGCAUGUCUGCAUGUAUGUGACAAUUACAAUUUUAUGUACAAUCGCUCUGAGUCAGUAUGCAACACUGAAGAAAAACAAUGAUGCACGACACUCCCAAGCAAUUACAAAAAACUUGUACAAAUUUGGACUUCAAAAGUUCCGUCAGCCAAAGUUCGCUAAAUAUUUUUGUAUCUUUAUAUGGUUUAUUGUGUUGUGCGUUUCGGUAACAGCUAUAACAUACGAUGCUCGGACAAGGAAGGAGCAAAUUUUUAACACGUGUUAUAACACGAAGGUAGAAAUUGGUGAAUUUACUGCAAAGACUGCAGCUUCUCUUGGCACUGCUUGUUUUUUUCUGUUUUUUCUAACCGUUUUGUUAUCAUACUAUUCCCUCACCAGACACCUGAGUAAAAUACAAAAAAACACCCACAUUGGACAAAAUCAUAUGAUUUACAGGACAGUGAAAAGAAAUAUUCUUGUCAUCCAGAUAAUUUUAACUGUCUGCUUUCUUCCUUAUCAUAUUUUCAGGCCCAUAUUUUAUGUACUGCUUCCAGAAGAAGAUUGUUCAAGGAUAAACUAUCUAGUAGAAAUUAAAAAUUUCCUUACUUGUCUGUGUGUUUCUAGGAGUAGCAUAGAUCCAGUUAUAACCCUUCUGCUAGAUAAAACAUUUAAGAAAAGCCUAUCCAGUCUGUUUAAAAAACCCACACCUGAAUACCACCAACGCAGAGCUGAUUUUUUCACUGAAGAGACCCCACCAAUAUGAAGUAAUACAGAAUGAUGUUAGUAGAAUAUGACUGUCAGCUCAUUUUGACUUGCUGUAAUGAGACUUUUAUAUGAAAUGGGAAAUAUUUAAAUGAAAUUGUAACAUUAUUUGUAUUUCCUUUUUUUUUUUUUUUUUUUUU